AUGCCUUCCUACAACAAAGUACAAAAGUGCGAACUGAAACAGCUCUCCCUCCGUAUUCUCCUCCUGGCCUUCCAACUUCCGCAGUCUCUUUCCCGUACCAGGAUCAUUGAGCUGCAUUUGUCUGAGGUGCUCUCUAUCAGAGAAAAUCACUGGGGGCAAAAGCCUUCACCUGUCCUGAAUCUAACAUCAGCAGAUGAAUAUGAUAGAGUCAUAUAUGCUGCCUGGACAAAACCUAAUGAAACCCUUUCAGCCCCAUUUGGUGUUUAUAAUCUGAGUGUGAUGAAGGUGACAAAUGAAAGCGUCGAACUGAGGUGGAAUCACUCAGGAAGAUAUGAUUUCUAUUCAGUAAACGUGUCAGAUGUAUCCAAAAUACGUAAUACCACUGAAAGAACAAUUGUGAUAUUGGGUCUUACCCCAGGGAAAAUGUAUUAUUUCACAGUUACUGCUAUAGUUAAUGGUACUACAGAAAGUGUGCCAAAGAGAGUACCUACUUACACCAAGCCUUCACCUGUCCUGAAUCUAAAAUCAGCAGAUAAAUAUGAAACAAUCAUAAAUGCUUCCUGGACAAAACCUAAUGAAAACCUUUCGGGUUACUGUAUUUGUCUUAAUGAAAACAAUAUAUUUUGCAAUAAUUGCAGUGAGUGUGUAAACUGUAUAAUCACAAACGCAACACCUGAGUGGAUAAACUUUACAGAUAAAACACCUGGCACAAAAUAUAUUCUGUGUGUGGCUGCACUAACAAACAACAAUGAAACACAAGGAGAAAUGUUUCAAAUUAAUGCAUACACACGUCCAAGCAAAGUGGCAAAUCUUUCUUUAACUUCAACUUCUCAAUCUAUUAACGCAAGCUGGGAGUUGAAUGAAGGUUAUAAAGGAUUCAAUGUGAGGAUUGAAGCAGAUGGCUGGGUUCGCAUGUUCAAUGUCACUGAUCAAUUGAGUCACUUUUUUGAUAAACUACAAGCAGCAGUAAAGUACACCAUCACUGUCAUCACUCUUUCUGAGAAACCUAAACUGGAAAGUGAUCCUGUUUUUAAAUCUUUGCAUACUAAACCUGUUUCUCCUGUAUUGGCGAAUGCUACUGUUCUUGACCACACUGCCAUAAAAGUAACCUGGGAAGUUCCCGAACAGUUGAAGGGAGACUCAAAAAUUACGUAUAAUGUGACAGCUCACCGUCAGAAACAUGAUAAAAGCAAUUUAACCGAGAAAAUGUUUAUCAUCUUUAAUGGUUUAAAUUCAGGAACAAACUAUACCUUCAGUGUCAGUGUUGUGGCUGGCAAUGAAGAGAGUGCUCCAGUCUUUGCUUAUGGAAUGACAGUGCCUAAUAAGAAGAAAGUGACGUUUGCAGUGAUGUGCACCAGUGAAAACCCAUUUUCCUGUAGCAAGAGUACAACUCUGACAGAAAUAAAAAAAGAGGUGAGAGAUGAUCACAGCAAACUUUACAAAGCAUACUCUUAA